AUGGUCCACCGCAACCCCACCGGCUUCGAUAUGAAGGAGUUCAAGGCUGCUGCCUCUCCCAACUCCAUCUGGGCAAAGAAAGACCCAUGGGCUCGACACGAGACUUGGCGAUACACCGGUCCCUUCACUCGAUGGAACCGCUUCAAGGGCCUUUUCCCCGGUUUGGGUUGGGCCACCGUCGCUUUUGCUGGAUACUGCACCUAUGAGCACUUCUUCCUCAAGAAUGACCAUCACCACCACGGCGAGGAGCACCACUAG